UGCAGGGACAAGAUCCCCACACAUGAUGUGCUGGCGCAAUGCAGAGAGUGGAUAUAACUACAACAUCUUCUGUCCAGCUGCGGCCACACACAGACAGAGGAAUGCAGAAAUCUCCCCACAUGAGUCCACGUCGCCUGUCAGAUAUCAGCCCCCAACUCCGACAACUCAAGUCCCUUGUCAUUGAUGAAGAAAUAAAGGAGGAAGUCAAGUGUUCCCGGUCUGUGGAAGACAUCAAUAAUGCGUCCAUCGAGGAGCGCAUCCUCAGGAUCACAGGCUACUACGGAUACCAGCCGUGGAGCACAGCUAACAGAGCAAUGGAGCAGUCGAGCAGAGAGAAGGUGGAAGUGAAGGCUGAUGGCCAUGCUGGAGUGGGUGUGGUGAAGUCAGAGGGCAUGAGCAGAAGGCAAAAAAUGAGCUGCUGUUUGCGUGUGAUGGCAGUACACCUGCGGCGAGCGCUUUGGGGAGUCAUCACUGUUCUCUGCAUCUGCUCAUCCUGGUCGGGCUCCACUCAGCUGGCCAAGCUCACAGUUAGACAGCUCAACAUUCCCUUCACACUCACCUGGUUUGCCACUUCCUGGAACUGCAUAAUUUUCCCCCUCUACUACCUGGGCCACCUAUGCUGCAGUAAGGACCGACAGACCCCUCGGCAGCGCUUCAGGGAGUGCUGCCAAUUCCUGGGAGAUGAUGGGCUAUCAGUGAGGACGUUGCUGUCACGGGUGGCUCCAUUUGGAGUGCUGUGGAUCCUCACAAGCUACCUAUACCUGCAGGGCCUGCGCAGAAUCCCCCCCACAGACGCCUGUGCUCUCUUCUGCUGUACUCGUGCCUUCAUCUUCCUUAUCUCCUGGAUCGUGUUGCGUGACCGCUUCAUGGGCAUCAGGAUUGUUGCAGCCAUUUUAGCCAUUGCAGGCAUAGUAAUGAUAACCUAUGCGGAUGGUUUCCAUAGCCACUCUGUAAUUGGAAUUUCACUGGUGGUUGGAUCUGCAUCCACAGCAGCUGUGUACAAGAUCCUGUUUAAACUGGUUUUGGGUAGUGCCAAGCUGGGUGAGGCAGCGUUGUACCUGACUGUCCUUGGAGGUGCCAACAUGCUCUUCGUCAGCAUUGUUCCACUCAUACUUCUCCUCACGGGGGCAGAGGAUGUUGGCUCACCUGGAGACAUACCCUGGCUCAGUCUGUGUGGAAUGGCGGCGCUUCUGCUGGUGUUCAACUUCCUGUUAAACUUUGGCGUGUUGAUAACACUUCCUACAUUGAUUUCUUUGGGUGUUGUCCUGAGUGUACCCGUGAAUGCAGUAAUAGACCGCUACAUGUGUGAGAUCCAGUUCAAUAGUGUCCGUGUCAUCGCAGUGUCCAUCAUCUGUCUGGGCUUCCUGCUGCUGCUGCUGCCAGAGGACUGGGAUCAAUGUCUGCUGCAGCUGCACACAAUGCUGAGCAACAGGGAAAAGCCACAAGAGGGCACAAGAGACACAUGUCCCGAAACAAUGCACAUCCGACACAGCCAGGCUAGAAACUGCAACUCCAAACCAGCUCUUUUAGACUAAUCUGCAGUUUCUUUGAUAUCACCACAUAAACACUGCUUUCCAGCCCAUUCUUGAUCUGCCUCCAUGGAGUGGGGGUUGCUAAGCAAUUGCAUUGCAGUAACAGAAUCCAAAUGAAAAUAAGGCGUACACUUUCAUUGUGGCUAACUCUGUAUUGUCCUCUUGCUGAGUUUAAGACACUGUUGCAAUCUGGAAGGAGAGAACUAUGCAAUACUACUGAUAGAAUAAAGGUUUUAAGUCUUCCAGUGGAAAUAUAAAGAAUAAGAUGAGUGCUGAAUGAAUUCAGGUUUGUGUGAGCUGUUUAGUUUUGUGUAAGAUUCUUUUCAGACAUGAAGCACCAGACUGUAUAAUGUAGCAUCUUUCAUAUUUGAAAGUGAGAGUCACAGGUGAGUUAUUUCUGCACCUGCUGCAAUUCUAUUCAAUAUUGCAUCAUGAUGCCUUACGCAGGUGAAUAUAUGCUCCUUUGUAUACUGAAUGCAUAUAAGGAUUUGCUCAAUAUUAUUCUUCAAUUUCAUUAUGUUGCCACAGCCUUUGCAGUCCUGCUCUUGUAAUAUGUUAUUUAAUCUCUAUGGUGUCAUUUUUAUGGGCUUUUAUGUAAUCCUGUAAAAUCAUGGGCUCAUCAAAUCACAAUUACAGAUUAUAUAUUUCAGUAACAGUGGCAAUACAUUUAUACUAUAUUCCUGUGGAAUUGUGGCUUACUGUAAACCUUUGUAAGGAAUGACUUGUUUUUUUUACUUUAACAUGCUGAAUACCUAAAAUAAAGAACUUAAGAACACUUGUUUAGAGAAAAUCUAUAUAAUGCAUAUAUAGUACACAUACAAGGCAAUUUCCUUAGU